AGAGGGCUUGAUUAGUGCGGAUCGGCACGGUGAAGGAGUGAUCCAGGCGAGCGGAGAGGUGGGAGGACUGUCUGGAGCGCGGGCUGGAGCUGGUGACUCGUGGCUCUCCAGCAUAAAGGGACCAGAGCAAUUUCGCUGUGCUUGGAGUCAUGGCAGUGCCUUUUGUGGAAGACUGGGAUUUGGUGCAAACUUUAGGAGAAGGUGCCUAUGGAGAAGUUCAACUUGCUGUGAAUAGAAUAACUGAAGAAGCUGUUGCAGUGAAGAUUGUAGACAUGAAGCGGGCCAUAGACUGUCCAGAAAAUAUUAAGAAAGAGAUCUGCAUCAAUAAGAUGUUAAACCAUGAGAAUGUAGUGAAAUUCUAUGGCCACAGGAGGGAAGGCAAUAUCCAGUAUCUGUUUCUGGAGUACUGUAGUGGAGGAGAACUUUUUGAUAGAAUAGAGCCAGACAUAGGGAUGCCUGAACAAGAUGCUCAGAGGUUCUUCCACCAGCUCAUGGCAGGGGUGGUUUAUCUUCAUGGAAUUGGAAUAACUCACAGGGAUAUUAAACCAGAAAACCUCCUCUUGGAUGAAAGGGAUAACCUCAAAAUCUCUGACUUUGGCUUGGCAACAGUGUUUCGGCAUAAUAAUCGUGAACGCUUACUGAACAAGAUGUGUGGGACUUUACCUUAUGUUGCUCCAGAGCUUCUAAAGAGAAAAGAAUUUCAUGCAGAACCAGUUGAUGUUUGGUCCUGUGGAAUAGUACUUACUGCAAUGUUGGCUGGAGAGUUGCCGUGGGACCAGCCCAGUGAUAGUUGUCAGGAAUAUUCUGACUGGAAAGAAAAAAAAACCUAUCUCAACCCUUGGAAAAAAAUUGAUUCUGCUCCUCUGGCUUUGCUUCACAAAAUUCUAGUUGAGAAUCCAUCAGCAAGGAUCACCAUCCCAGACAUUAAAAAAGAUAGAUGGUACAACAAACUGCUAAACAGAGGAGCAAAGAGGCCACGUGCUACUUCAGGUGGUAUGUCAGAGUCUUCUAGUGGAUUCUCUAAGCACAUCCAUUCCAAUUUGGACUUUUCUCCAGGAAACAGUGGUUCCAGUGAAGAAAACGUGAAGUUCUCUAGUUCCCAGCCAGAGCCUCGGACAGGGCUUUCCUUGUGGGACACUGGUCCCUCGACGGUGGACAAACUGGUACAGGGCAUCAGUUUUUCCCAGCCUACGUGUCCUGAUCAUAUGCUUUUAAACAGUCAGUUACUUGGUACCCCUGGAUCUUCACAGAACCCCUGGCAGCGCUUGGUCAAAAGGAUGACACGAUUCUUUACUAAAUUGGAUGCAGACAAAUCUUACCAAUGCCUGAAAGAGACCUUCGAGAAGUUGGGCUAUCAGUGGAAGACAAGUUGUAUGAAUCAAGUUACUGUAUCGACAACUGAUAGAAGAAACAAUAAGUUGAUUUUCAAAAUAAACUUGGUAGAAAUGGAUGAGAAGAUACUGGUUGACUUCCGGCUUUCUAAGGGUGAUGGAUUAGAGUUCAAGAGACACUUCCUGAAGAUUAAAGGGAAGCUCAGUGAUGUCGUGAGCAACCAGAAGGUUUGGUUUCCCAUUACAUGAUGAAGCUGUCAGCUCUGCACAUUCCUGGUGAAUAUAGUGCUGCUAUGUGACAUUUUUCUUCCUAGAGAAGAUUAUCCUAUUCUGCAAACUGCAAACAAUAGUUGUUGAAGAGUUCUCUUCCCAUUACCCAAACAUCUUCCAAUGCUUAGUGUUUGGCAUACAAAUACUGCUGUAUUUUAAUUGUAUGUAAUACUUUGGGGAAAGGAUGGAUCAAAUUCAUUAGGUAUUUCUCCCGCUGUGUUUAGAUUGUCUGGAUUUGAAACCAAGUUUUGGGAUACUUGAGUUUGCCAGCUUUUAUACCAAUGUAAUAGUAUCGCUUUUGAAAAAUCAAAAGUUUGUUUCAUCCCAAGCAAAGUAUUUUCUUCUCUGCCUAUUUAAUUGUAAGGAUGAAUAAACACAGACCAUGUACAGUUGAUUGGUUCAUGUGAGGCCAGCCACAAAAAGUGUAUCUUAAUGUAUGUACUGUAUUUUCCGUUUGGGUAUAUGUGCUGUACAAGGGCUUGACCAAUUAUAAAACUUUUUUGAGUUAUAACGCUUAAAAUUGCAAAUCCCUCCCCCCAUCCCCCCACUCCCCCGCUGGUAUAGCUAGUCAAAUAUAAAGCCAAUUUGGUUAGAUUUUCACAAAGUUGAACAUGAGCUCUAGUGCUUAAGUGACUUUAUUCUAAUUUUCACAUUUAAACAGUUUUUUCUACAUUCACAGUCAUAUUUUAACUGCUCUAGAAGUAAACUAUUUUCAAAAUCAGUAUCUAACUCUGAACUUAUUGGCCACCAAGUUUCUAGAUGACACUGACUAAAAAGGAGACAGGAGUAAGGAAAUGCAGGAGUUGGCCUGAUUCUUGGUCUUCACCUUAUACACUUACUAAAACUUUGUUUUGUUCAUAAAAUUUAUAUUAAAAUGUGAAUCUCUGAUUGGGGUCCUGUAUUCCUUUUUGUAAAAUUCCAAUAUUAAUCUGAACAUGAGAACAUUUAACAUUUUGUGGCUAAAGUGUGUUACGUGUGGGUGUAUACUGCUCUCACCCACCCGCCUCUUCCAUCCUCAGAAGUCAAUCUGACCUACUCCAUUCCAUCUCCUGCUUCCCACUCACAGUCCCACUGUGGCUAAGGUCAGCCAUGUUGAUAGAAACGUUACUUGUUCACUGGUAGUUUCUUUUCCAGAAAAGCUGUCAGAAUGAUCCUUGUAAAGUGUGAAUAAGAUCCCUGCCCCAGUCCCAAUGCUUAUGACUUCUCAUCACACUUAGAAUCCCAAGUCUCAUCUGCGCUGUACAGUUUUGUCAUUGUCGUCUUCAUCUGAUGGUAUGCAGUACUGUCUCUGAGCCUGUAUCUGUCAAGUCAUGAUUGCUUGCUGUCACCUACUCACUGUAUUGCUUUGGUCUCCAGGAAUUUGAAUAUUCUUGUACUUCAUAUAAGUAGAAUUGUAUAUUUGUCUCUUAGUGUUUGGCUUGCUUUAUAACAACUAUUUUCAGGAUUUAUCUAUGUUAUAUCAGGUUUCAUUCCUUUUGAUGACUAAUACUCCAUAGUAUGUGUGUACGCAUGUGUAUGUAUAUUCUUUCAUAUGAUCAUGUAUGUUUAGAUUGAUGCCAUCUUUUGUCUAUGUAAAUGAUACUGUGUGAACAUGAAUAUAUAAGUACCUGCUCAA